UCUCUCUCUCUCUCUCUCUCUCUCUCUCUCUAUAUCCUGGCCCCCUUUUUUUUCCCACCUAUAUUCUCUGAUCCACACCCAUGUAAGCUUGGACACUUGCUAAAAACUCUUUCCUAGCAUCAUUACCCAUCUUCUUUCGUGGAUUUCUUCAAAACAACCUUUUGAUCCCUCUUAUACCACCAAAUAUAUAUCCAUCUUCUUUUCUCCAUCUCUCUCUCUCUCUCUCUCCUCUCCUUUUCUUUCCCUUCCUCCUCAUCCAUGGAUUCUAGCAACAGUGGGAGCAUCCAAUCCUCAAGCAGCGGUGGCGACGAUGACUACGAGUCCCGGACCGAGGCCAUCUCCUCCUUCUUAAACCUCCCACCACCGCAACCACCACCACCUCCUCCUUCCUCUUCUCACCACCUCCACCAGCACCCGUCUCCUUCCUCCUUUAUCUCUCUAUCACCUUACCUCAGCGCCUUCCCUUCCACUCCCCCCGACCCCUACCCGCUCAGCCUCGACAUGCCAUGGGCUAAAUCUCUCCCCUCAUCAUCAUCACCAUCAGAUCCCGGUUGCACCAUCCUCGGUGGCUUAACCACCACCACCACCUCAUCAUCAUCAUCAUCAACAUCAUCAUCAUCGAAAACUAUGGCGAUCGGUGCACCCAGUCACGGUCCACAUUCAGGCGGCGCCAGCCUCAACCCCUCGUCGGUGCAACUACCGACCCAACCCACGCAACCGGCGGCCGCCACUCCCCGAGGCUCCAAGAAGCGGUCACGGGCGUCGCGGCGCGCACCGACCACCGUCCUCACGACCGACACAUCCAACUUCCGCGCCAUGGUGCAGGAGUUCACCGGCUUCCCUGCAGCACCCUUCAUCUCCUCCCCGUUCUCCCGCCCUCGCCUCGACCUCUUCCCUGCGACCGCCGCUGCUGCUCCGCCUUACCUACUAAGGCCCUUUGCUCAAAAGGGCCAAGCUCCCCUCUUUUCUCCUCUCUCUUCUUCUUCCUACUUCUCCUCCUCCUCCAGUGUUGCUGCUUCUAUUGCUAGAAGUACUAGUGUUGCUAAUGCAAACGCUGGUGCUCCAUCCGCAGCUUGUUCUAACUCAGGUUCGAGUAGUACCACUUCAUCUAGUAACUAUCAAUUGCCUUCUAUUGGUCUCCGACACCCAAAUCUACUAAAUAUGCAAAGCCCAAACUUCACCUUCCAAUCCCCCCUCCAACCUCUGACUACUGCCGAUCAUAAUUCAUCCACUAUGGCUGCCUUUGGAGGUGCUUCAGACUUCGCCACCGGGGGUCUAGGGAGCCUCAUCGCCAUGGAGGGCACGAAACUGAGCAGUCGAGAUGAUGGAUUCCCGGGCUGGGCUGGGGGCUCGGCAUCGGAGGGCAGGGAUCGAUCCCAGCUAAGGUCGGUCAUGGGAAAUUAUGGCAAUUUGCAGCUGGUUAGUAGUAGCCAUGCAGAGAAGGAGUCUGAGAGCAUGACAGCGGCUAGGGGUGAAGGUAGAGUGGAUUCAUGGAUUCUUUCUUCUGAUUAGAAGAUCUGUAUUGGAGGCAAAUUCGAAGGGAUCGAUGGAAGGGAAAGGAGGUGUCUGUGGAGAAGUUGAUCUUUGCUUCUGUUACGCUAUGAGACUAGUAGCUGUACGCAUCACACUGUCUAUUAGUAUGUGUAUGUGAAUUCUCCUGUGCUUUUCUUUUAAUCACUAUACACCUAAAAGGACAGGCUUUUGAUAAUUUUUAUCUUGGUUUCUUAUGUCUUUAUCAAACUAAGCUUGUCCAAAUCCUUCGUUGGCUUCUUGCAAGAUCUGAUCUCCCGAGGCAUUGGCCACAGAGCUACGAGCAGACAGCGAAGGGACUCCUGUUUACUGUAUCCAAACAACAGUUUGGUGUUGCAAUGGUAGAGACUUUGGGAUGUAGUGGGGUUUAUAACUAUGCGUUUCCUUUUCUAUCAGUGCUUAUGCUUCAAGAUAUGUAGUAGCAUGUCUGUUCGUGCUUUUGACUUGUGUGGUUAGGAGUGAUUGGUGGAGAGAUUUGGGGUUGGUUAGCCACCAAAGUAAUAAAUGAUAAAUAGCAGAAGCUUCUGAUGUGCUCUUACUUUGAAGCUUUUCUAAGGUUGCUAACUGAAGCACGAGAUUUCCCUGGGAAUAUAUAUUAACGCUGUAUAUCUCCUGAUCCAUUUAUGACAUGAGAUACCCGAAUUGUCAAAAAUAAGUCUGGAGAUUUGCUUGUACAUUUACACAUGUACCCCAAUCUUCUAGGUUCCACAGCUAGCAUAUGUACAUUUCUGGUCUAUGGUUGUGAAUGAUUGGUUAUCUAUUCAUCAGAGAAAUGAUCAGUUUAAUUUGUUA